AUGUCCUGCCUUUCGGGUCAAGAGAGAGGAACAAAUAAGGUUCCAGUUGAACAUCUGGAUUAUAGUUUCAUCGAGAAAUGCACGGACGUGAGGUACCUUGAAAAGAUCUUGAGGAUCCUAAGGUCAGGGGAAGAGGGUAUUUUUCCUCAUCUAAUCGAAUAUUGUGAAAAGCAUAUAAGGAAGCUGGACCCUAAAAGUCGUGCCCUCAGGAAGGAAAAACCCCCAGCCACUGCGGCUAGUUUUACCAAAGAGGAGUGGAGCCAAAUCACAGAUGAACUAAAGACAUGGGAAGAGGAGAUAAAAGUGAAUGAAGUGAAGAUCAAACAGACGCCACUCCUCUGUAAUGAAGAAAAUGUGCCACCUGUGCGUGGGUCCCAUUGCUCUAUCCAGGUAAAAAGCUAUUCAAUUGGAGCCAACAAGACGAAAAAGAACGCUGCCCCUCCACGAGAUUACAGAGACUGGGACAAGUUCGACGUAGAGAAGGAAUGUGCCAAAAUUGAUGGAGACAUCACAGAGAAUGAACCUGCUGUGAUUAUAAAUCAUGGCCUUCCAAAGAUCAGGAGAAAAAUGGACACAGCAGCCCUGACUGAGCAGGAGAAGAUUCAGCUGGCAGAUCGUGAGAAAGACAAAGGAAAUGAAGCUUUCAGGAGCAAUGAUUAUCAAGAGGCUGUGGCUUACUAUACAAGGAGUCUUUCAGUCCUCCCAACAGUGGCUGCAUACAAUAACAGGGCACAAGCUGAGAUAAAGCUGCAGCACUGGCAUAGUGCCCUUGCAGACUGCCAGAAAGUGUUGGAAAUGGAACCAGGCAAUCUGAAAGCAUUAUUGCGUCGGGCCACUGUGAACAAAAAUCUGGGGGACCUACAGAUUGCCUGUGAUGAUGUUAAAACUGUGCUUUGCUCUGAACCUCAAAAUAUGAUUGCAAAGAGACUACUAGAAGAAUUGAAUACGCUAAUGAGGAAAAACACACAUGGCGUGGCAAGUAAGGGCAAGAAAAUUUCCAUCCAGGAGGUGGAGGAAGAGUGUGAGGAGCUUGAGCAGGAACUGCCUUCUCAUAAACAGGCUAAAGGCUUCAGUCAGAGAGUGGGAGGAGACAGCAGCCGCUCCACUGCUCCCAAAGAGAGAGGAGACAUGGGGAACACACACAAAAAGUCCCACGGACGGAACGAGGGGGUAGGAGGAGGUGGUAGCCCACAUGCUGAGCCUCAACAUGCCUGGAGAGGCAAAGGGGGAAAGAAUGCUAACAAGUACAAGGUACAGCCGAAUGGAGAGGCCCCCGAUUCUGACAGAGACAAGGACAAACUGUCAAACGGCAACUGCCGCGGUCAGCCGAAUGACAGCAAGAAGACCGAGCAAGCGGAGGAGAAGGUCAACUUAGACGCUCCUGCCGGCGCACUGCCUCCGCCGUUGGCCCGUCUGAAGAAUGAGGGGAACCAGCUCUUUAAGAACGGACAGUUUGCCGACGCGCUCGAGAAGUACUCUCAAGCCAUCACAGGUUUCACAGAAGCCGGGAUUGACAGUCCAGAGGAUCUCUCCAUUCUCUAUUCCAACAGAGCUGCAUGCUACCUGAAAGAUGGAAACAGCACAGACUGUAUCACAGACUGCACAAGGGCUUUGGAGCUUCAGCCCUUCUCUCUGAAGCCACUGCUGCGUAGGGCCAUGGCGUAUGAGUCACUGGAGCGUUACCAGAAGGCCUAUGUGGAUUACAAAACAGUACUCCAGAUUGACAUGAGCGUCCAGGCCGCCCACGACAGCAUCAACAGGAUCACACGGCUGCUGAUAGAGCAGAAUGGGCCCGAAUGGAGGGAAAAGCUUCCAGAAAUCCCAGUUGUUCCCCUGUCAGCCCAGAGGCAUCGGGUAGAGGCACCGCCCACUGCCGAGGAGGCUCAGGCUCGUGCCGAGAGAGCAGCUCAGGAAGCCGCUAAAAGAGCAGAGGCACAAUUCACUGUUCUAAAAAUGGAAGGAAAUGAUUUUGUGAAGAAAGGACAGUACCAGGAGGCUCUUGGAAAGUACAGCAAAUGCCUUACACUGAAACCGGAUGAAUGUGCAAUCUACACCAACAGGGCUUUGUGCUACGUGAAACUGGAGCGUUUCUCAGAAGCCAAGCAGGACUGUGACUCAGCCCUACGUCUGGAGCCCUCCAAUAAGAAGGCUUUCUACAGACGGGCUCUGGCCAAUAAGGGCCUUAAGAAUUACGUGGCUUGUAGCUCUGACCUCAAGGAGGUGUUGCAGCUGGAUCCAACAGUGCAAGAGGCUGAGCGAGAGCUAGAGGAAGUGACGAUGUUGCUCAAAAACUCUCAGGACUCCCCGGACAAACCCCGGAGAAAUGUGCCUAUUACUGAGGUUGAGGAAGGAGAUGAAGAAGAAACACAAGCCCCUAGCAGAGGCCCAGAGGAAGUAAAGGAGAAUUCUCCUGGCUCACAGAACCACUGCAGUGACGGACCAGAUGCAAAUGCUCAGCCGACUAAUGCCUAUGAUUUUGGCCAGGCCCUGAACGCUGCGUGUUCCCGCGGUGACGUUGCCGCUUGCACCGAGCUCCUUCGUUCCACCUCUCCUGAAAAGCUUCCACUAUACAUCUGCAGUCAUCUGGACGGCCACACACUUAGUUUCAUCAUAAAGGUCCUAGACACACACCUAAUGGAAACGGACCCGAAACUGGUCUAUCAGCAUCUCAGCCAUCUCCACACAGCUGACAGAUUCUCGGUAGUACUAAUGCUUUUGGAUGACAACGAGCGUCUACAAAUGACUCAGCUCUUUGAGCAUCUCUCUGCUGUGGAGUGUGAGGACUUCUCAAAUACUGACAUACAGAACCUGGCAAGCAAAUACAUCAGAGCCUCUGUCUAGUGCCCCCACAUGGGCUCACACGCACACAAGAGGAUCUAUGCAAAUGGAACACCGCUCAAGAGCUGCUUUACACACUAAAAGCAAUACUAAUGGAAGAAAAUGACAAACCGACUCAGACACAAUUGCAAUAAUGAAUUGUGAAACUCUAAUUCUGUUUGGGAAUGUGUAACAUUGGUUCACCCUUAGCUCAUUGGGCUAAAAAAAAACAUUUGGGAUGAUUCAUGCAUCAAUAGCUGUUAGUUCAUCGAAGACCCUUUAAUGUCUUGUAAGAUGGUGGAAAAAGUGGAAAAGCAGCAAAUGGAAUGUAAGGUGCUAUUUUUUCCCUCAUGUUUGAAUACAGGGGCCUGUGUCUUACAUAUCCAUGACAUCCACAAUGAUUGUGAAGCAUGGUUAUUGUUUCAUCAGAUCUUAUUUAACAUAUAUGUGCUUUGAGCAAAGGAACCACUAAGCUCUCAGAUGAACAACAGAAUACUUGAAAGCUGUCAAGUUGAGUUUGAAUACACACUUAAAAGAUUAUACAUUUGCAUGUGGAAAAAAACCAAAUUCCCUAUAUACAGUAGUUUUGGUUAACAUAACAGUGGUAAUAACUAAACUUGUACUUUAUAGUUGCUGAAACCCAAACUUGCAAGAACAAGCAUCCAUUAAUUUGGCUCAUAAAUGACCUUAACAAAGCCUCCAUGUUACUGUAUAAACACUGACUUUAUAGCUAAUUACACCACAAGCAAACAUGUUCGAGUCUACGUAUUUUUGAAUCUAGCAUAAAAAUGAGAAUGGAGCAUAUACAGCCAUGCACACAACAUGAAAACAAGCAGCGUCAGCGCUAGAUGCAUGCCUUGGUCUUUCAAGCUUUGCACUCAGGUAAUGGAAUAUGAUCUCCUCCAUGAAUGCCCACACUGUAUGUGUUCCAGAAGUGAGUAAAUACAUUUCGUGAACUAUUGUUGUAUAUUUUGUCCUUUUUGACGUAUGAACUUCUAAGAAGAUUUUCAGGGAACGUGCUUGCAGCUGGGAAUUCCUGAGGCAAUAACGGCAUGUUUUGAAAUGAUGUUUUUCAUAUUUUCUCUCUCCCUUUUGUUCUGACUCCAUAACUUUAUUCUGCUAUUUUGUGAUAAUAGCAGUGGGACUCUUUACAUUGGCAUGGAAAUUUCUAUUUCUGUUGUAACCACUAAGGUUUUGAAGCUGUGGUUGUCUUAAAUA